AUGUCAGGGGAGGAUGAUCUGGACUAUGACUGCGCUUCCUUGGCUAACGAGGACGAGCCCCUCGAGUGGGAAGAGGAGGAGGAAGAGUGGGACGAAGGUGCAGAGGAUGACGCGUAUGGCUGCGCCUGGUGCGGCGGUGAUGCCAACGACGGUAGCAUCGCUGAGGACGGGCAGCUUUACUGUCAGGCCUGCUGGGAGGAGUGGCACGCAGCAGAUGACUCGCAGGUCGAAACGCCGGUGCCUUCGGCGGACGUGGCGCUACAUGGAACAAAGCCUUCCACAGAGGCGCCGAAACCAGUUCGCCGAUGGGGUGCCCAGGCCAAGCAAGAGAGCGCCUUCUUUGGGAGCCUGGAUGGCGCCCCGAAAUGGGCGGAAAUGCCUGCAAGACCUGAACAAGGAGGCAAGGAGCUCGUUGCUCUGCGACCCAAGGAGGAGCGCGGAAGCGAAGAGCAGCAAGAGGUGAAAGGGAGGCGCGCGGAGAUCAGGAAUCCGGCUGCGGCUCUGGCCAAGACUCCAGUCACCUCCAUACAAAGCCGCGAAGACAGGUGUCGCGAGCUGCUCACAGGCGUGCGGCCUGUGCUGGAGGACAGCAUUGUCGAUUAUCUGGCCUCAAUGAUUGGAGAGUGCUUGCAGGAAGAGCUGGAGGAACUCCAUGAAACAGUCGUGGAAAUCCUCCAGGGACAUGAUAUGCCUGCCAAAGAUGCAGAGAAAUUGUGGCAGAAGCUUAGGACAUGA